UGGUCAAACAAUUUCUAAGCUUCGAACGGAAGGAAAGACUUACAGUUCUCCUCCUCAUCCUCCACAGCAGCAGCAGCACUGAGAUGGCAAACACCGAGGUGAUUAAGCCCGAAACUCUGGAUGAGCUCAUUCAAGCACUCCAUAAGAUUUUCGAGAGUGACAACAUCAAUGUUGAAGAGGUUCAAGACUUGAUGGAGUCGUAUGAGAGCAAACCUCAGGAAUGGGCAAAGUUUGCUAAGUUUGACCCAUACAGGUACACAAGGAACCUGGUUGACACUGGCAAUGGGAAGUUCAACCUUAUUGUUCUAUGUUGGGGUGAAGGACAUGGCAGUAGCAUCCAUGACCACACAGACUCCCACUGCUUCAUGAAGCUGCUGCAGGGACAGCUGAAAGAGACUCUGUUUGAGUGGCCUAAAGACAAAGCACAGGGAGAAAUGGUCACAAGGUCGCAAAGAAUUCUCCAGGAAAACAAGGUCGCUUACAUCAAUGACUCCAUUGGCCUGCAUCGUGUGGAGAAUGUCAGCCACACAGAGGGUGCCGUGAGUUUGCACCUGUACAGCCCUCCAUUUGACACCUGCCAGACCUUUGACCAGAGGACAGGCCACAGGAACAGGGUCAGCAUGACCUUCUGGAGCAAAUAUGGAGAAAGGACACCAUUUGAAACGACAGUUUCAAAAGAGAAUAACUAAAAAUCAACAGAGGCUCCAGAUGAUGAAGACAUAUACAUUAUAAAUGGCAAUGCUUGGAAAUGAAUCAAAGGAAAACUGCUGGGGAAGCUAAUUUUGGGCUUACUAUGACUAAGCAACCCACUUUAAAAUCAUAAAUGCGCUGGUUCAAAAGGACAACCCACUAAUUAGAAAGGCUUUAUCGCUGCUUACUGUGAGCUUGGCAAAUACUGAUGAGCACAGGAUGAAUGCAUGAAUAGGCUUGGACACGGAUUGAAUCUGCCUUUUGUUUGCUGGGCCUGAAGAGACCUUUUUUCCAAUAACAACAUUCCGGUUCAUCCACAACCUGUGUAACCGUACUUUUCUAAGGUUAUGGCCUAUAGACAAAGAAUAGAGCUUUAGCUUUUUAAAAAGAGGAGAUAUUGCUGUUAUUAAAGUUCUCUUAUAUUUUCAGAAAAGGAAAGCAGUUCUGCAAUCAGUAGUUUUGUUGUCAACUGAUUUUUUCUUUUUCUUUUCUGUAUUUACUGUAAAUUUUUACCGUCUGAAAUUGUCUUGAUGCCUGUUUGGAAAUGGUCAAAGAAAUGUGAUGAUAUUUAUAAAGUGUAACUACAAAAGUUUGUUCUGUUUGCAUUGUGAGUAAGAAAUGCAAAGUUUUAGAGUUGUAUUAUUUUUGAAAGUUCAGCGAUGGUAAUUUAUUAGCAGGGUUACCUGCUCACAGAAGCCUUUCUUUUUUAAAAUUGGCAAGCUCCUGAGUGUGUGCAUACAAAGAGAGGAUUAGAGGUAAUAUUUUGUCUUCUAGAAAACGGUUUGUAAAGAUAAAAUUUUUUCACUCAGGAUUUUGGCAUCUGUUGAUUGUAGUGACAUAGUCUAUAAGAUCUUACACCUUUGUCAAUUAUAUACACAACUUCUGUAAUGCAGAAAUAAAUCUUGCAAUAAUUGUAGACCAUUAAACACCUUUACCUUUUCACAAAA